AUGGCUAUAUUUACUGCUAAUACAAAUUUUUCGUUACGCUUUUCUUUGACAUAUUUGAAAGUGUUUGGUUUGUGGCCCGCCGUAGGAAUUGCGGGAUGGAAGAAAAUUCUUUUCUAUACCUAUUUUUUAUUUAUCUUUAUGUUGGUUUUGGGCACAUACAUAGCGAUCCAGCUGGUAGACCUGUGGCAGAACUGGGGGAAUCUGUCAUUGAUGACGUCAAUCGCCUUCGUGUUGUGCACGAAUCUCGUGCACUGUGUGAAGAUCUUCAAUCUCCUGCUGAGGAGGCGUCGUAUAGAACAUAUCAUCAACCGAAAUGACUAUGUUCUAAAAAAUACUACUGGACAGCAGAAGAUCGACAUCAUUCGAAGUUGCAAUCAGGGAACAACUCUUCACCUGAUGACCUUUCUUACCCUAACAACAGUGACUCUGAUAGGUUUUGCGGUGGGACCAGCUCUUGAGCCUCAGAAGUUACAGUUGCCACUGCAGGCCUGGUAUCCAUACGAUUGGAGUAAAUCACCGGCCUACGAGCUGACAUACUUGCACCAGAUAUGUGCCAUUUAUGCGGCGGCCGGUCUCAACGUCAGCAAAGAUAUGGUGGUGGUAUCACUAUUAGCACAGUGCCGUUGCAGAUUGAGACUCGUAGGAUACGAUCUCAAAAGUCUUUGUUUGAAUAUGAGUUCUGGAACAAUGCAAAUCGGUAACUUUAUCAGAAUGGCUUCGAUGGCAACAUACCUUUUAAAUAUGAUGGAACAAGUUUUUAUUUAUUGUUAUGAAGGAAAUCAACUGACAGUAGAGAGUGAGAAUGUUUCUCGUUCUGCAUACGAGUGGCCAUGGUAUACGUGUAGCGUGCGUGUGCGUCGGUCUACGUUGAUCCUAAUGACGCGUUGUCGUCGGACCGCUAUGCUCACUGCUGGGGGAUUUACUAGUCUUUCUCUGGAUUCUUUUAUGAGAAUUUUAAAGGCAUCGUACACAUUUUUUACGGUAUUACGCCAAGUAAGCGAAUGA